CACUACUACUCUCCAGUCUCCACACCACCAAUGCACCUAUCCAGGAACACACAGCCAUUUUGGAAGAGGAAAUAAAAGACAGGGCAGAGGAGAGAGGAGGCUUGACCAGAUAUGUUGGAGAAACUUUUAAUCUUGCUUUUUGCUUCAAAUGUUCUGGCACAAGUUUGUAUGCCAGAUGCUCCAGAGGCCUACAAAGUACGACUGAGCAUCAAAACUGCUCUGGGAGACCAAGCUUACACAUGGAACGACAAUGAGCUGUACCUUUUCCGAGCCACACUGGCCUUUGCCAUGAGAAACUACCUUUCAGGACAACUGUUUGAUGUGUCCAACAUACUUGUCUGUAAUGAGACGGAGAGAGUGUCCUUCUGGUUUAUGGUGAAGUCAGUGACCAACCCAACAACUCUGAUCGAGAAGCAGCAUGUGGAGAAUGCUAUAAAAGAAUCAAGACAUCGCAUCAACAGUGCGUUCCUGCUCACAGACCAAACUCUGGAGUUCCUGGGGAUUUUGCCCACACUGGCCUCUCCAUUUGUGCCUGCCACCCCACCCUGGCUUAUCGCCUUUGGGGUCGUCAUGGGAGUAGUGGGUGCUGGCAUUGUCUACUUCCUAGUGGCUGCUGUAGUCCAGAGAAAACGCAAAAAGACUCUAGAUGAGGAAGAAGAGGCCAAAGGAGCUACAGAAAAUGAAAUAGCUGGUGAAAAUCUGGACGGGAUUUAUAACACGUCUUUUUCAGAUGAUGAGAAAGUCACGGAAAUGUAAAACUAACGUAAAAAACAUUAUUCUGGACACUACAUUAAAUAGUCCCUAUGCUAUUUUUGACCAAACUCUUAGCUUUGAAUCAUGCUUUUUAUAUUUCCUAAACCAGCACUCCAGAACAUGCACUAUCCAAGCUACUAUCACUGUUUCGUAACAUGGGGCACAGGGACCCAUAGUAAGAUGAAACUGAAUAGUAUUUGAAUAUAAAUGCUUUUUGUAGUAAAUGUAACUUCCUUAAUAUUUAAUGUUUUGGGGGAUUUUAGACAUAAGUGUCAUUAAAACCUGAAAGUAAUAACUGCCAAUAAACUGUUUGUCUAUUUGUUUUGCCCCUGUGUGAUACUGUGGGACAAAGCUUAGGUACAAUGUCCUUGGGAACCACUGACCCACAUUAUAGAUCUCUCUGUAUAAAUAUAUAUAUCAAUAACAAUCUUAAUAAUUUGUAUUUUUAUGACAGCUGCAGUUGAUUUAGACUUUUGAAUUGCAAAUCGGUACCAUACAUGACUCACUUUUAGGCCCUGAACCUCCAUUUGGGAACCGUUGCUUUACCAUGUAAUCUGAAUGCAAUCUUACAAUUCCUGCUACAAUGUCCUUGGCGAAAUUGAGAAUGUACAACGAUUUAUUUUCUGUGAACGUUCGAGACUUAUUAAAAUGCCGAAACAGUACAACACACUGUGAUCAGAACGAGCCGUACUCUGGAUCAAAAACAUUGUUACUUCCCACUCUUCCUGCAGUGCAAAGCAAACUUUCUUAUUUCCUUAAUCUUUGUUUGAGAAUAAUUCAAAAGUGGUUUCUACUAAAAAGUUUUUCCAAUCCAUGUAAACCAGGCCUGUGUCUUGUUUCGUAUGCAUCCUCCCUCCCACAACACUAAGCACAAUAAUAAAACUGUAAA